CCACGUACAGAGGAGAGCUCAUGAACACAAGAUGGCGACCGCAAGUUCAGCGGGCAUCGGUGGAGCCGAACUUCGACAGCGUUAUCAGCCAGACCAGGACCCAGAAUGGAAUUCAGACCUGCCGUAUGGGGGCAAGAUUUAUCUUGCUCGGAAGAAGAAGGCUGACCCAACAUAUGUGCGAGUCUUAGAGGUACUCCUGAUUGUGUUCACAGUGUCACUGGUCAUCUAUGCGUACUUCUACUUUGACCACCUGCAUUUCCAUAUUGCCCAUGCCUAUGCACAUAUGGGAUAUGCAACUGCACAACACCAGGUGGGGCAGCGGUACUUACAUGGCAAGGGAACAGACCGACACGCUGGCAAGGCCAUGGAGUGGUUCAGGAAGGCUGCCGAUCAAGGUCACCCUCAUGCUUCCUACAACCUGGCCAUCGGGUACCUCAGGGGCCUGAAGACUGACAUCAAAACAGGAGAGGCCCACACAUUAAUUCAUCACGCAGCUUCGAAGGGAGUAGCUGAGGCACACAAGGUCCUUAACGAGGUCUGUGCCAAAGGAGGCUGUGAUUAGGUCAGGGAGAUUCUCACCUGGUCAGUGUGUUGAAGGAUUUGUCUGGACCUGCCUAGUGGGGAGAUACAACACCAGUGUCUACAGCAAAUGUUAAUUGACAUCCCCAAGUUGGAAAUACAAAAUAAUGAUUCAUUAGUUAUGACUAAUAUAAUGACUAGGUUUUUAUAAUGUCACUGAUAAAAGAACCAGUGAAAAUGAAAAAGAUUUAAUCCUUACUUAUAAAUCAUUGCAUUGAAAGGGAUUUUAAGUUACUUCUGAUUUUAAGAGAAAAGAAUUUGAAAUAAAUAUCAGUUUUGAAGAAAAUAUUGCUGUUUACUAAGUUUGUGGGGAAUCCCAGAUUAAUCCUGAUGUUAUUCGUCCAUAUGUUCCAAUACUCUAUUGCUGUAUCACAAAUACUUAUAUUUAACAAGUUACUGUAUUUGUACUUCAAUAAUCCCAUGUUAUCAAGAGAUAAUAUGCUUAUUAAUCCAGCUGCUGAUCAAAUAAUAUGCAAUGUCCAUUAAUCUUCAUUCUUUGGCCAUGAUUCCAUGACGACAUCCAUGACGACAUUUAUCUGUCUAACCAAUAAGAGAAUGAAACGCAUCCGUCCAACCGUUUGAUCAGUAUUUUGUCUAUCAACCAAAAUAUAUUUGAUAUUUCUUUGAAUACUUUUUUAACUUAUUCAUUAAAUAUGGUUCCAUGAAGACUGCUGAAUAUAUAUGUGUAAAAAAAUUAAAAGAAUGGAAUAUGUCCAUUGAACUGUUCGAUUGUUAUUUUAAAAGAUAAUGUUGGUGUUUGUUUGAAUAAUUAUUUAAAUUUAUUCAUCUGAUGUAGUCCCAUGAAGACUGCUGAAUAUGUCCGUCCAACAGUUAAAUCAAAAGAACGUGUACAUCCUACUGUUAGAUCUUCAUUUUAUCAAAGAAGAUAAAUAUUUGGAUGUUAGUUUAGUUUUGUUUUAAUCAGUAUGUGUACAUUUGUCAGGAUAGGAAUGUAUAAUACCACCAAUGUUUAUAUUUUAGUCUUAUGAGACGUAUUACAAUGCCUAUUUGUAACCAACGUUUAGAAAUUUAUUUAUCAUUGUUGUUUGUGACAAUUAUGGAUUGUUUCAGUUUACUGUGGUAGAAAUGUGCAAUGGCUUCUUGAACGUGUGUUGUUUUCUAUAUGACAAAGGUCAACCUACCAAGUCAAUCAUAUAAAUAUUACUGCUGAAAACCUAUUGAAGUAUAUCCUUUUGUUUAAGGUCUCUUUAACAUUUGGAUAAUUAUUUAGUUUGGACUGUCCAGUAUGGAGAAAAAACAAAAUAAGCAAAAAGGCUGCUGUUAAACUCCAUGAAUUUAAAUAUAUUCAUAUUUACUGGACAAG